AUGUCCCGCAAGGGUUUGUCUUCUGUGGCCCGUGCGGCCGUCCUGUUUUCUCUUGUCUUCCUCGAGACGCUUCUUCCAAUACUGUACGCGGCGUGUAGCAAGUCGCCCGAUGCAAGUGGGGGACGCCAGGCUCACGCUGAUGGCUGUGCGUCGCAUUCGCAGUCGCGUCAGCGAGUUGAAGACCGAAGCGCCUCUACUAGCACGGGGUCACCUCAUCGUGCAUCUAACAGAGACCGUACUGGCCCGGCCGACGUAGAGAGUCGAGCAUCGAGCAGCCGUGUACGAGGGCCACAUCAUGGGGACUCGGACACAGAAGACGGGAAAGUUCGAAACCACACACUCCUGCUUGUGCCAAAUGACUCUGGUGCUCGGGCGUUUUCACCGUACUUGAAAGGUAUUUUGCAGAAGAAGAACUCAAUUCUGCAACAGCAGAUGCUGGUGAUGGAUAUUCAGUUGGCCGCGAUGGAAGAUGCUGUAGCGCGAGUGGCACAGGCCGCGGAACGCCCUCCAGGGGAACGACCCACUUCCACAGCAGGACCAGGGCGAGGCGCCCACGGCUUAAGAGGGAAGAUGCGACCGCUGAAGAGAGACCCUUACCGUCCGCCCUCCGAUGGGUGGAGGCAUAGUAGGCGACGACGCGAACUCCCCUCGACAAGCCAAGCUAAUGAAUCAGGCGAUCCACAGAGGAGCGGUACCAAUUGA